CAUCAAAGUCCAAAGAUGGUGGAUUGAAUUAUCCAAGGAUUCAUAGAAAGAACUGGAACUAGGAUCCACAUUUUUGAUUUCUGGAUCUAUGCUUUAUCUAAGAGCUUUGUACAUAAUGGCCCAACUUUAUCUAUCUAUCUAUCUAUCUAUCUAUCUAUCUAUUUAUUUAUUUUCCUCUGCUUACUGUUCACCUCCCUCUGGAAAUGCCUUGUGUGAACGCUGGAGUGAACUGAAAGAUGAGAGUCACUGGCUAAGCGAGGGGGCAGGCGGUUGGCUUGUGCCAGCAAGAUCCAUGGGAAGCAGGUAUUUGUUGAGUACCUACUAUGUGCCCGGCAUUUGGGGAUACAUAAGUGAACAAAAUCAUCAGGGAUACCUGCCUUCAAGGAAUGUCCAUGCUAACAGGAGAGACCAAAGGGCAGAGGAAACCUACCCUGGUCAGUGGUUACUUCACUUCUCAAGAUUCAAAUCUGCUGAGAGCCUGAUGUCAUGGAGAGGAUGCCAGGGGCCAGGAGGAGGUCCAUCUUGCUGUUUGCUGCGUCUCCAGUGUCGGAACAAUGGCUGGAGCUGGUCAAUAGGAGAUGAACAGAUAUUUGUGUGUGAACGAAUGGCAUUUCAGCCUCCUCUCUCCCAGGCCUGGAUUCCGGCCUCCAUCUCCAUGCCCAGAGGAAGCUCCAAGCCCAUGCAGCCCUCUCUUACUCAUGCCAGAAGUGAUUAAAGCAGAGUAAAGAUCUUUAUACAAGGGAAUACAACUCAACAACGAAAAAGACCAAACUACCCCUUCAUUCAACUGUAUGAACCAGUGUCACAAGCAAAAUGUUGGGUAAAAAGAUGCCAGAUACAAAAGAGUGUGUCCUGAUUCCACUUACAUGGAACUAUCUAUGGUGACAGAAGUCAGAGGAGUAGCUCAGUCUGGAGCUUGAUGUCACCCUGGAAGGGACAUGAGGGAGCCUCCUGGAAACAUUCUAUAGUUGCUCUAGGUGUGUGUGUGGACGGGUACAUGUUUGUACAUAUCUGUAAAAUUCAUCAAACUGUCUCCUUAAGA